GCAAUCCGUGUCUCUGCGAGUCCGUCUGUUCUGUCCAGUCGUCGUGAUAACUCUGGGAUGAGUCGGUGGAUCAUUUCCACUGGAGACAAAGCUAUCAGUUAUUUUUCUGCCGCUGAACUGGACGCAGCUGCCGACUACAAACUCGCUUUUUGCAAUUACUACAAGCAGGAGCCGCAGGAACGACAACUGACAGUUCUUAUUUUCGCAUCUAUAGCAAGGAAUCUGUAUUUCCGAUGGAUCGAGUAACCGCCGUCCAAGCGCCAGGGUGCUUGUCACCCCCUUGCACUCCACCUUUGGUCAUAAAUGAGGAGAGCUCCUCAGUCGACUUUGACGCUGUGAAGACCCUGCUGUCUUUCGGCCAGUCGGGCCAAUUGACCACCAACGGCCUCCACCAUGGACUGCCCACACCGCAGCCGUCCGACUCGGAGAGCGAAGACCCUGAACCGGCCACCAAGAAGUCGCGGCUCUCCGCUCCAGUGAACGGAGCCGAGCUGGCUAGACUGCUGACGAGCACCACUCCACCUCAGAGCCCGUCACCGGUGAGUCCGGUGCGCGUGCCGGUCAUCAUGCACGCGAGCAAGGAGGGCGUGUGCAGGCCGAUGGCCGCACCGGAGGCGGCCAAGGUGCCGUACGAGCCAUUCGCCAGCACGCCACUGAACAAACUGCCCCUGCAGAAGCGCAUCCUGGCCAAAAUGCCGCCCAGCACGCCGCCCCCGGUCCCUGCGGCGCCCUGCAGUAUUAUUCACCAUCCGGUUGCGAUCGCACCGAAGCCGGAUUUGCCGCAAACCACGGCGCUCAUCUUCACCACCAGCGACGCGCAGCAACAGCCAAUGCGGCUCGUGCUCAACCCCAGCUCGUUCGUGCUGCUGGCGCCGAGCGCGGCGCCCGCGGUCGCCGCCGUCGCCGCUGAGAAGGAACCCGACACCCGCCGCCGCAUUUUCGAGUGCAACUUCGAGGGCUGCAGCAAGAACUACUUCAAGUCGUCGCACCUGAAGGCGCACAUGCGCACUCACACCGGCGAGAAGCCCUUCUGGUGUCAGUGGAAGGACUGCGGAAGGUGUUUCUCGCGCUCAGACGAGCUGUCGCGGCACAAGCGCACGCACACCGGCGAGAAGAAGUUCGGCUGCAAGGUGUGCGGCCGGCGCUUCAUGCGCUCCGACCACCUGGCCAAGCACGAGAGGCGCCACCUGAGACAGUCGACGGCCACGGCAGCCCCCGCCACCCCGGCUCCGUUCGCCACCCAGACGCUGGUGCUGCCGUCGAGCUACCUGGCCGCCCUCAAAGCGUGAUUCGAGCAAUAAUCCAAAAGAAAGCGUCAGUAUUUUCUUUCGGUUGGACACAUUCCACUGCUUGCGUAUUCAGAAGGACUAGCGCGAGCCUUGUGCAAUUUCUAAAACGAAUUUGUUAAUUUUAUUACACGAAAUGCUGUGAUGUUACACGUUUAGUUGUCAGUGUAGGUUUAUUUUAUCUCGCUGAGAUGUAAUCUUGAGAUAUUUAUUUUUAAUAAUAGACGACUGAUGUGUUUCUGAUUUAAAUCGAUGAGCGCGCUCUUUUCAACACAUAAUGAGUACACUACUGCCACAUCCUUGCUUUUGAUGCUCGACUAAUCGACGUAAUACUACCACUCUGUGAGAAUUUUCCUAAAUGAUGAAUGCACGUGUUUCUCUACUCUUUGUACAUAAUUGAUUGAAUGACAUGUUUUCACUUUUUACACAAAAAUACAAACUAAAAAUGAAAUAAUAUAAA